AUGCUACACAUACUUUGUACUCUAUACGCUCUAUGUACACUUCGAAAACAUGCUAAUGGAUAUAACAUUCGAUAUUCAUUGUUGAGGGAUAUGAGAGGUUAUAAAGAGGAUGUUGAACACUGGAGACUUAGAAGUCUUGAUCUUGGACCAUGUCUUCCAGAAGGUGAUGCUUAUUGUACGCGACGUGUUGCCAACAGUAUGUGUUCGCUGGAGAAAAACGAAUGCUUCUGUAAAUCUGGUUAUGUUUCAAUUCAAGAAAGUUAUGGGAUCACAUGUAAAACACUACUGACCAAUUUGAAGUGUCAAGUGGACAGCGAUUGUACACACGUGAUCAACAGUGCGUGCCAUCCAGGUGCAGGAUAUUGUGCUUGCCCAGGUGGAACAAUUUAUGUGCCUCAGGAUCAUGCAUGUCGGCAAUCAGCAGAGAACAAUCAAAACCAAUUUUGUUUAAAAUGUCGACAGGUCAAUGGAGUUUGUUAUCAUUAUCCUUCUCAGAUAACUAACACAAUGGCGAUGAACCGCUAUAGGCGUUAUGAAUAUAAAAAUCAUGACCUAGUUCCAUUUAUCAGUCCAAUAGAUACAUUAUUUAAACAAUUUCCAGAAUAUACCGAAAAUGUAGAAAAUUAUGGAUGUAGCUGUCCACAUAAUACUGGUAUGUUGGCUUCAGUCCCGAUUAUGGAUUCGAUUAAGGCAAAUCACAAUCAUUCAAAAAAGCAUCAUCGGCGAAACUUUAAUCCUGAAGCGAAUGUUGAUAUUAAAAUGUCUGCGUUGUCACAACAGCAAUCACAAUCAUUCCCACAAUGGUAUUUUUGCAAAGCUAUGCUAGUUGAUAUAUGGGAAUACUGUAACCAUAUCGACUUACUCUGUCGAGCAAGGAAUGCUCAUUGUGUAAAAAUGGAAGGAGGAUCUGACCUUAUUCGGUUUUCAUGUCAGUGUAUUUCUGGGUAUAUACCAGUGUACCAAAAACAUUUGAAUUAUUAUGAAUGCUUCCAUCAGCUGGAAGAAAAUCACUCCAAUUGUGAUUCGUGUAUUCACUCAAACGGAAAAUGUUAUACAAUGAAUGAACAAAGUACAGAUUCAUCAAUUGGAUGCUUAUGCCCGAAUAAUCUUCGAUCAACGCUGACACAAUCAUCUUCACACAUCAAUAUACUACACCAUACAAACAAUCAGAAUGUUGAUAAUGGUGACAGGGGUGAAACUGGACAAAAUACCUUCACAGCUUUAUUACCACAAGUGGGUUUAGAAUAUGAAACUUGUGGAGAGAAUUUAGUGCACGUUUUCUGUCAACGACAUCUAUUAGAAAUUUGUUUUCUACCUAUUAGCCGAGCACCAUAUCAAAAUUUAGCAGAAAAUUUACAAUUACGUCGAUCUGUUGCAUUUAUUACAAAUUUAACAUUUCAUCAAAAAAUUAUUGACACUUGUACAUUGGAUUCAAGAAAUAAUGCUUUACAGAAAAAACAACUGAAUCGUACAGUGAUAAAUCAAGUCAAGAUAGAUCCACAUCAAGUAUGGUGUAGAACUGUUGACUGGCGUCAAGAUUCCUCAUCUAUUCCAUGUGGUCUAAGCAUCACUGAAUACAUGAGUGGACACCUGUACACUGGAUAUCUCGCUGUCGUUACCAACCAGGAGCACCGUAACCAAGAAUCAGACCUUCUAUUCCAAUUCACCUGUAAGACAAACAAUGAUGUACCACACAGGGUUCCUGGACAAGUUUUCCAACGAAGUAUUGAAACUGAAAAAAGUGACUUCUUCAAAGAUCCUCCAUGGCCUAAACUUGACGUCAAACUUUCUAUUAAGGAUGAAAAUGGACAAUCUGUACAAACAAUACUUGAAUCAACAUCUGUUAGAUUUGAAGCUGAAUUGGUUGAUGAAUUAAAUAUAUACAAGGCCGUAAUUGUUGAAGAAUGCUACAUGAUAGACAAGAUUGAAUCUGGUCAAAGGAAUGAAGGUUCAAAGGAAACGCUUUUAUUAUACAAAGGGUGUCCAAUGCUUAAAGCAGAAUUAAAGGAAAAGUCAUCUGUUGGUUUCAAUUUCCAUAAAAAUCAUUAUGAUAAUGAACAAGCUUUAAUCUUUCGAUCAACAGAUAAUUUACACUAUCUACAAACGGGUUUAUUCCGUCUUUAUCCAAACUAUUCACCAAUGUCUGUAGAUGGGCAAACAAAGACAAAUACACGGAAUGCUAGUUCUACAUUUACCCAUGAUAGGACAGCAAAACUAACAUUUGAAAAAAUUAACUCAGUAGAUGAAACUUACAAACGAAAAUUGAAUGAAAUUGGACAUCGACUGCAUGAAUUAAAAUUCACGUGUACAUUUCGUGUGUGCAAGCAAUUGGCUUGGUGUUCAUGGCCGUCUGUGUGUGAUUCGACAAUUCUACGGAUUAUACAACGUUCAGUGCCAUUGUAUUUAAUAGAAAGUGUACCUAGUAGCCACUUGCCGGUGAAAAAACAAGCAACAUCAAAAGUCUGCGGAGAACUGUUCUGUUCAAACACACUGCAUAUUGUAUUAAUGAUGGGUUUAGUUGGUGUAUUAACUUGUUUAAUGGGUGUAAUGGGUAUGCUGUUGGCUAGAAAAUAUCGUCAGCGUUUAAAUCAAACAAGAACUUCAGUGAUACGAAACAAGUCAAAAAUGAAACAUUCUAAACAUUAUCACUGUUCUCAGCAUUCUGAGAUAAAUUCUCAUUUAACAAAAAGUUAUGAUAAUCCGAUUUCACAGUCAGUAACAUCUCAACAUUUACUUCAUCAACAAUAUCAAAAACCACAUCAACAAUCAGAAAAUGAUACACUGAAGAGUCUCUUAAAAGCUGAUAAUGGUAUUCACACUAAUGACAAUAGUAAUACUAUUCAUCAAGCAUAUGCUGUAGAUAUUAAAGAUUGCUGUAAAUAUUGGUUAAACGAGCAUUCCUAUGCUAAUCCUCUACUCUUGCAAAAAUCGCCUAAUGACUUAUCUCAAUGUCAUCAACAUCAUUACACACAUCUAUGCCAACAACAGCACCAACAACAAAUGUCUUCAUCAUCUACUGUGGCUACACCAACUCACUGUUCAUGUUUGAGUGAGAUUAUAUUCAAUGAUAGUAAAAAUAUCCAAAAUUCACACAAUUACUAUACAUUUAAACAUUACACUACACUACCAACAACUACAUUCACACCACUGAAUUCAACUUCUUUUCUCAAAGAUGAAGAAUUUCCAAUUAUGAAUAGGACAACAACAUUUAUAUUGGAACCAACAAAUACCUCGAUUAGUACUAAUUCUGUUACUAACAAUAACAAUAAUAAUGGUAAUAUUCAUGAAUUCAUUACAACAACUUAUCCAACAACUUUAAUAAAUAAUCAUAACCAUUCGAUAUUGUACUGUUCAGAACACUUAAAUGAUUGUCAUGAUUCGACUGUACCUCAGUAUCAUCAUUCAUAUGCACAGAAACAGCGACACUGUGAACAAGAACAGUACCGAGAAUUUGGUGAUAGUAAUAACGAUAAUGACUCCAAUCUCAAAAAUAAACACUCUGUAAAUAAUCAAUCAGAAAUUUCUUUAAAGGAGUAUAACAAGUUGGCCAAUUUAACUGACACAGUUUAUUUUGGUGUGGAUUAUCAUAAUUCAAACUAUGCAACGAAUCCGUUAGAUUUAACAGUUUGUACAAAGGGUGUACAACAAGAGCAAACACCAUCACACAAGGAUGAGAAGUAUAAGAAUGAUAACUUAACGGAGGAUGCUUGA